UAUCAAUAUGUCAAUUGAAGUAGCAAAAGCUAUUGGAUUUGAAACAGAGGAAGUCAAGGCUUUAUGUACAGAUAGAGAUGCAAUUUUAUAUUCUCUUGGUAUUGGAUAUAGCUCUGAUCCAAUGAAUGCAGAGGAGCUUACAUAUUCAUAUGAAUUGCAUGAAGAUUUCAAAGUGUUCCCAACCUACACUACAUGCCUUCACAGAACUGACAUUUUUAAGGUAGAUUGACCUAAAAUAAGUAGGCUUUAACGUCAUGUCCAGGUAUUCCAAACUUUAAUCCAAUGAUGCUAUUACACGGAGAAUAGAGAAUUUAAGUCUUGAGACCAUUGAAAACAGGAGUGGAAUAUGUAACUAAAGGAAAAAUAGCCAAUGUUUCUGAUAAGGGAAAGGGAGCUUUGAUUCAAUUCGAUUUAUUAAGUUCUGAAAUAGACGCUCAAGGCAAGAAAACAUUAGCUUUUGUCAAUACAUUAUCUCUAUUUAUUAGAGGAUUGGGAGGCUUUGGACAUAAAGGAAAUCCAGUUGAAAACAUCCCUGCUAUUCCUAAAAGGCCACCAUGCAAAGAAGUGAAAUAGGUCACAACACCAAAUCAAGCUAUAAUAUAUAGACUGUCUGGUGAUAUUAACCCAUUGCAUAUUGAUCCUGUAAUAGUCAUUUAAAUUGAAUUUAGAAUAUGGCAGCUUUAGGAGGAUUUGAUAAACCAAUCUUACAUGGAUUGUGCACUUAUGGUAUUUGUGCCAAGGCUGCAAUUCAGACAUUCACUUAGGUACAUUUGUUAAUAUUCUAAAUUAGGGAAAUGGUGAUGCUCUUAAAAAUAUGGCAGCCAGAUUUACUUCUCACGUCUUUCCAGGAGAAACCUUAUUGAUUUCAUUAUGGAAGGAAGGAACCAGAGUUCAAUUUUCAGCUAGGACUUAAGAAAGAGGAUUAGAAGUAAUUGUGGGUAUAUUAGAGUUUAAUGAGAAAGCUAAAUUAUGAAAAUAAUUAUAAAAAUAAAUAAAUUAGUG